AUGGCACUCGUUGGGGAGUGUCGCCCUUUACAUGUAGCAUCAGCCGCGCUUGGCUUGUUUGUCUUGGCUUCCUUCUUUGGUUUCUACGUCCCUGGUUGUCUCACUCCACCUCCCCUUUCACUCCACCUCCCCUUUCACUCCACCUCCCCUUUCACUCCACCUCCCCUUUCACUCCACCUCCCCUUUCACUCCACCUCCCCUUCCACUCCACCUCCCCUUUCGCUCCACCUCCCCUUUCGCUCCACCUCCCCUUUCACUCCACCUCCCCUUUCACUCCACCUCCCCUUUCACUCCACCUCCCCUUUCACUCCACCUCCCCUUUCACUCCACCUCCCCUUACACUCCACCUCCCCUUUCGCUCCACCUCCCCUUUCGCUCCACCUCCCCUUUCACUCCAUCUCCCCUUUCACUCCAUCUCCCCUUUCACUCCAUCUCCCCUUUCACUCCACCUCCCCUUUCACUCCACCUCCUCUUUCACUCCACCUGCCCUUUCACUCCACCUCCCCUUUCACUCCACCUGCCCUUUCACUCCACCUGCCCUUUCACUCCACCUCCCCUUUCACUCCACCUCCCCUUUCACUCCACCUGCCCUUUCACUCCACCUCCCCUUUCACUCCACCUGCCCUUUCACUCCACCUCCCCUUUCACUCCACCUCCCCUUUCACUCCACCUCCCCUUUCACUCCACCUCCCCUUUCACUCCACCUCCCCUUUCACUCCACCUCCCCUUUCACUCCACCUCCCAUUUCACUCCACCUCCUCUUUCACUCCACCUCCCCUUUCACUCCACCUCCCCUUUCACUUUCCCUCCACCUCCUCUUUCACUUCACUCCACCUCCCCUUUCGCUCCACCUCCCCUUUCACUCCACCUCCCCUUUUCACUCCACCUCCCCUUUCGCUCCACCUCCCCUUUCACUCCACCUCCCCUUUCACUCCACCUCCCCUUUCACUCCUCCUCCCCUUUCACUCCUCCUCCUCUUUCACUCCACCUCCCCUUUUCACUCCACCUCCCCUUUCACUCCACCUCCCCUUUCACUCCACCUCCCCUUUCACUCCACCUCCCCUUUCACUCCACCUCCCCUUUCGCUCCACCUCCCCUUUCACUCCUCCCCUUUCACUCCACCUCCCCUUUCACUCCACCUCCCCUUUCACUCCACCUCCCCUUUCACUCCACCUCCCCUUUCACUCCACCUCCCCUUUCACUCCACCUCCCCUUUCACUCCACCUCCCCUUUCACUCCACUUACCUCGUUGACUCGCCGGCGGACGAGUCUCAGCUGCAUCUCGUGCGGCACGACACGUGCAAGCUGGAGAAGGUGGGGGGGCGAGGGGGGGACGACUACGGUGCGUGGAGCCUCUGCACCAAUCACGUGCGGCCAGGUGGCGUCGUGUACUCGUUUGGCAUCGGCGCUGACGUGUCCUUUGACAACGGGAUGGUGAACCGCGGCCAUAAGGUGUUUGGAUUUGACCCCACAGUUCCCCCCGAGCGCGUGCAAGCCAUGUUCAAGGACCAUCACAGUCGCGACCAGCCGGCCGCCUUCCAGUUCCGUCAACUCGGCCUGGCCGGCACGGAUGGCAUCGUCACCUUCUUCCACUCCAAGAACCCGCGCGUGCAGUCCAUGACGGCCGUCAAGCCAGAGAAACUUGCCGGCCGGUUCGAGAGUCAGGGGAUGCCGGCGCCGGUGCUGCGAUUGCCAACGUUUAUGUGCGCGAACGGGCACGGAUUCGUGGAUGUGUUGAAAAUGGAUGUCGAAGGGGUGGAGUUCGAUGUGUGCGACGCGUGGCUUCGCAUGCGAUCGCCGCUGCCGUUCGGCCAGAUUUUGAUCGAGUUUCACGAUCGCAUGGUGACGGAUGCGAAGGCGCGAAAGGGCGCGUGCCUGCGCGCGCUGCAGCGGAACGGGUUCGUGGAGGUGUAUGUGAGCGACAACUUUCAAGAAGCCACGUACGCUCGCAUGGCACCCAAGGGAUGA